UAUGCGCACUGUCUCCUCCUGUCAUCUCGGCGCACCACCACCACCACCCUGGUCAGUGCGGGGACCUAUUUUCUCUCACCACCGCUCUCCUUUAGAGCUAAUUGAACCACACAAUGGGGAACAGAGACGACGAGUAUGAUUUCUUGUUCAAAGUUGUCCUCAUUGGAGAUUCGGGUGUGGGGAAGAGUAACCUGCUGUCCCGUUUCACCCGGAACGAGUUCAACCUGGAGAGCAAGAGCACCAUAGGGGUGGAGUUCGCCACCCGCAGCAUCCAGGUGGAUGGAAAGACAAUAAAAGCUCAGAUCUGGGAUACAGCCGGACAGGAGCGCUACAGAGCGAUCACCUCAGCGUAUUACCGGGGUGCGGUCGGAGCUCUCCUAGUUUACGACAUCGCCAAGCACCUGACGUAUGAGAACGUGGAGCGCUGGCUGAAGGAGCUGAGGGACCACGCCGACAACAACAUUGUCAUCAUGCUGGUGGGCAACAAGAGCGACCUCCGUCACCUCAGGGCCGUGCCCACCGAUGAGGCUCGAGCCUUCGCAGAAAAGAACACCCUGUCAUUCAUUGAGACGUCAGCGUUGGACUCCACAAAUGUCGAAGAGGCGUUCAAGAACAUUUUAACAGAAAUUUACCGCAUCGUGUCACAGAAGCAGAUCGCCGACAGGUCCGCGCACGACGAGUCUCCGGGUAACAACGUAGUAGACAUAAGUGUCCCGCCGACAACUGAUGGCCAGAGGGGCAACAAACUGCAGUGCUGUCAAAGCUCAGUCUGAAGACACUCGCCCUCCUCUCUACAUCCACCCUCCAUGACACCACCAGUGCACUUUUGUUUCCCUGUAGCUCCCUACAAAACCAACUCCUUCCUUACUUUAUACUUUAUACUCUUUCCGUACUCCAUUUUUUUUUUUUUUUUUUGUCCCUUUCUCUGAAUACGUUUCAUUUUAUUUUGUUGGAGUACUUUGAAAGUCACUUGUGCUCUUCUAUCCCGCCAUGAGGGAUACAUUUCAGACGCCUUGUAUGCCCCCUGAUCAGUCGACUUGAUCAUGGAGUCAGAGCGAAGGUCCUGCGAGGCAGGAAAGAGCCAAUCGCUGCUGUCUUAAUGAAGCUCCUGAAGUUGUUUGAACCGGUCUGUAAAGUAGUGCUGCGAGGUUAGGAAAUAUGUUUCACUGGUUGCCACUAGAUGGUGCUGUGUACAUGAACUACAUAGAGUUACUCCAGCCGGAUGAAGCAGUAUUAUAUGUUUGACAGUCUGCUUCUUACUUCCAUCUGUCAUCAUGCCAAAAAUAUUCUCACUAAGUAUUUAUUGAAGAAACUUUAGCUUCAUUUGUCAUUGUCUUACUUUCAGUUUAAAACCUGUAAAUUUACAAUAAAACUCUUGACUGAA